AAUGGUUGCCGGUCGCACAUGGAUUCGGUAGAACUUUGCCUUCCUGAAUCUUUUUCCCUGCACUACGAGGAAGAGCUUCUCUGCAGAAUGUCAAACAAAGAUCGACACAUUGAUUCCAGCUGUUCGUCCUUCAUCAAGACGGAACCCUCCAGCCCGGCCUCCCUGACGGACAGCGUCAACCACCACAGCCCAGGUGGCUCCUCAGACGCCAGCGGGAGCUACAGUUCAACCAUGAAUGGCCAUCAGAACGGACUUGACUCGCCACCUCUCUACCCUUCUGCUCCUAUCCUAGGAGGUAGUGGGCCUGUCAGGAAACUGUAUGAUGACUGCUCCAGCACCAUUGUUGAAGAUCCCCAGACCAAGUGUGAAUACAUGCUCAACUCGAUGCCCAAGAGACUGUGUUUAGUGUGUGGUGACAUUGCUUCUGGGUACCACUACGGGGUAGCAUCAUGUGAAGCCUGCAAAGCAUUCUUCAAGAGGACGAUUCAAGGUAAUAUAGAAUAUAGCUGCCCCGCCACGAAUGAAUGUGAAAUCACAAAGCGCAGACGUAAAUCCUGCCAGGCUUGCCGCUUCAUGAAGUGUUUAAAAGUGGGCAUGCUGAAAGAAGGGGUGCGCCUUGACAGAGUACGUGGAGGUCGGCAGAAGUACAAGCGCAGAAUAGAUGCGGAGAACAGCCCCUACCUGAACCCUCAGCUGGUUCAGCCAGCCAAAAAGCCAUAUAACAAGAUUGUCUCACAUUUGUUGGUGGCCGAACCGGAGAAGAUCUAUGCCAUGCCUGACCCUACGGUCCCUGACAGUGACAUCAAAGCCCUCACUACACUGUGUGACUUGGCUGACCGAGAGUUGGUGGUUAUCAUUGGAUGGGCGAAGCAUAUUCCAGGCUUCUCCACGCUGUCCCUGGCGGACCAGAUGAGCCUUCUGCAGAGUGCUUGGAUGGAAAUUUUGAUCCUUGGUGUCGUAUACCGAUCUCUUUCAUUUGAGGAUGAACUUGUCUAUGCAGAUGAUUAUAUAAUGGAUGAAGACCAGUCCAAAUUAGCAGGCCUUCUUGACCUAAAUAAUGCUAUCCUGCAGCUGGUAAAGAAAUACAAGAGCAUGAAGCUGGAGAAAGAAGAAUUUGUCACCCUCAAAGCAAUAGCUCUUGCUAAUUCAGACUCCAUGCACAUAGAAGACGUCGAAGCUGUUCAGAAGCUUCAGGAUGUGUUACACGAGGCCCUGCAGGAUUAUGAGGCCGGCCAGCACGUGGAGGACCCGCGCAGGGCCGGCAAGAUGCUGAUGACCCUGCCGCUCCUGAGGCAGACCUCCACCAAGGCCGUGCAGCACUUCUACAACAUCAAACUAGAAGGCAAAGUCCCCAUGCACAAACUGUUUUUGGAAAUGCUGGAGGCCAAGGUCUGACUAAAAGUUUCCUGGGCCUUCCUAUUCUGCACGCCGAAAAAGGGAAAAUAAACCCAAGAGUGAUGUCGAAGAAACUUAGAGUUUAGUCAACAACAUCAAAAAUCAACGGACUGCACUGAUAAUUUAGCAGCAAGACUAUGAAGCAGCUUUCAGAUUCCUCCGUAUCUUCCCGAUGAGUUUCUUUCUACCUUAUCUCCUCUCCUUUCUCCCUUUCUUCUCUCAUUUCUUUUGCUCUUUUUUUUCUCCUUCCCUUAUUCCUCCUUUCCCUCAUCUCUUAGCUUUCUUCAUUACUGAU